AUGAAUGACGGUACACUCGACAUUCGUGGAAAGGUUCCGCGAAAUGAAGGGGGUGUUGGUUUUGUUGUGUACCCACCUGUCGUCCAUUUUGUCGAUUUUCACGAGAUCCUAUCACCUCAUCUGGCUAUUCUUCGCCUCCGCCCUCUGCGCCAGAAACCCACCAGUAUCAUCGACUGGAACUCACCAACACCAACAGCUGAUAAAUACGAAUUGGACGCGUUUUACGAGGAGUUGGAAGUAGUGAUAAUUUCGACAACUCACCCGUUACAACCAAUCUUCAUUACAUAUUUCCUUAUAAGUGCACAGUUCUUUGUGUCUCUUUGGUCUGAAGAACAUCUAAGAGAGUUGUCUGCAUCACGGCCGCUACUGACGAUCAACACCGAGAACCUUAACGUUUCAAUCGUCUACCCUUUCUAG